CAGCCAGAGACCAUACCAAGCGUGGCCGAGCAGGGAGCGGAGGCGGCGGCGCGCUCCAGGGAGGCCUGGGCCGCUGAUGGUUUUGGCGAAGUACCCUAAGGUAGCUGGGCCGGCCCCCUCUUUCCCACCUACCUCUUGCCCUUCCCCCCACACCACCACCACCCUGGCUCCCCUCCCUCAUGACCGCCUGGAUCCUCCUUCCUGUCAGCUUGUCAGCAUUCUCUAUCACUGGCCUAUGGACUGUGUAUGCCAUGGCCGUGAUGAACCGCCACGCAUGCCCUGUGGAGAACUGGUCCUACAACGAGUCCUGCUCUCCUGACCCCGCUGAACAAGGGGGCCCCAAGACUUGCUGCACCCUGGAUGAUGUCCCCCUCAUCAGGCAAGGAAACAGACUGUUAUGUCAUCCGUCCAGGUCACACAGCUACAAGUGUGGCACAUAUCCCCCAGAGAGCUGCCUCUUCAGCCUCAUUGGCAACAUGGGUGCUUUCAUGGUGGCUCUGAUCUGCCUGCUGCGCUACGGGCAGCUCCUGGAGCAGAGUCGUCAUUCCUGGGUCAACACCACAACACUCAUCACAGGCUGCACCAACGCUGCGGGCCUUGUGGUGGUCGGCAACUUCCAGGUGGAUCAUGCUAAGUCUCUGCACUACAUCGGAACUGGUGUGGCCUUCUCCGCCGGGCUGCUCUUUGUCUGCCUGCACUGUGCCCUCUGCUACCAUGGGGCCACCGCCCCCCAGGACCUGGCUAUGGCCUACGUGCGGAUUGUGCUGGCAGCCAUCGCCUUUGUCACCCUGAUCCUCAGUGCGGUCUUCUUUAUGCACGAGAGCUCUCAGCUGCAGCAUGGGGCAGCCCUGUGCGAGUGGGUGUUUGUCAUUGAUAUCCUCAUUUUCUACGGCACUUUCAGCUAUGAGUUCGGAGCAGUGUCGUCAGAGACGCUGGUGGCUGCGCUGCAGCCUGCCCCUGGCCGGGCCGCCAAGUCCUCUGGGAGCGGUCGCACCUCCACUCACCUCACCUGUGCCCCCGAAAGCAUCGCCAUGAUCUGAGGUCUGGGGAGGGUGGCCGGGCCAACCUCACCAGCUCCCCACCUCAUAACUUUGCAUUUAUUUUGUACCAAAAAUGGUUUUGAGAAAGUGUUGUCGGGAUAUAGGCUUCCUUGCUGCUGGAGCAGUGGCCAUCCCACACCCACCCGUGCCACGGAGGAACAGGCCCGGCAGGUGCCUGGGCUGCACACAACCUACUCCCUUACUCUGCACUGUUGUUUUUAUGUUCAAAGGUCACAUAUUCUUAUUUCACCCAGCCAGCCCUUCAGGUGCCUUCUACUCCCCAGUGCCGAAGCCAAACCACUGGGGUUUCCUGCUGCAGGAAUUGGGGGCUGGGAACAGCAAGAAGGAUAGAAUUUGGGGUGGAGGGAUAGGCACUCCUUAGACUGUGGGAAGGCCCACUUUGGGGCCUACUGAGCUGCACUGGGAUUCUUCACUCUGCCCUUUUCUUUCUUUCGGGCAAAUAACACAGCAGAACCAU